AUGAGUUUAGUGUAUGUAAACAGUGAAAAAAAUAAAAGAAUGUUAGAGUAUAAAGGAUUUUUACAUACACAAGAAAAAAUUUAUAAUGAAAAAGUGUAUUGGAAAUGCUCCGAAAGCAAAAAAAAUAAAUGCAAAGGUCGAGUUCAUGUUGUUAACGAAAAUAUCGUGAAGUUCAUCAAACAUAAUAAUCAUGUACCAAAUGCAUCUAAAAUUGAGGUUAAGAAGGCUGUAUCACAUUUAAAGGAGAUUUCAUCCCAAUCUACACUUAGUACUCAUGCUGUUAUUGGAGAAAUUUCAUCGCAGUUACCAAGUGCUCUAGCUGCAGAUAUGCCAAAUGUACAAACGUUAAAAAGAACAAUUCAACGUCUUUGUCAAAGAGAAGAAGCUUCUCCACCUAACCCAAAUAAUUUUGAUUUUAUUAUUCCUGAGCAGUAUCGAAAUACAAGUGACGGUGAGUUGUUUUUACAUUAUGACAGCGGCAUAAAUCUCCCGCAUAUUUUGAUUUAUACAACCCAAAAAAAUUUGGAUUUUAUGGAGAAUUGUGAACAUUGGUUCUGUGAUGGAACGUAA